AUGGGUAACGGGCGUAAGGGCAACAAAGCAAAGAAGGGUGUUGACAUGGCUCAGGAGACAGACGUACCUGCCUUACCUCUGAAGGAGACUGCUGCUACCGGAAAGCCUCCAUUGUGUCCCGCUCCAGCGACAUUGGCAGGUCCCUUCGAGGCCUUCCAGGAGCAGCAGGGAGCUGUUGAUCAGAACGAUGAUGCUACCAGGGAAUGUACUGGCGACGGAAAACGACUCGCUGAGGGAGAUGCGCGUGAUGAGGGUGAUGCUACGGACACUGCUGAUGAUGACGCGCAAUCAACAGGGACCCCUGCGGAUGACGACGACGACGGUUACCUGAGUGACGACAGCGAUGAUCACCUAGAACCAGACUCUCUUAACAGCAUUAUUGCUCUGAAGCGCUUCUCACUAACCCUGUUGGUGCCGAUUGCCAGGAAAGCGGAGGUUAAGCGCGCGGCUUUCACAGUUGCUGCCAUGCUGGAUGAAUGGAAGGAUUUAUUAUCACCAGACGCGCUGCUGACCACAACUUACCAGGACCUCGCUCCGAUGUUUCUCUCUGGAGAGCGCUACGGACGCCUGCAGGUUACAUUCAAUCACGUCAAGGACGCGAACUUCGUGUGGAACCAGAUCAUUCGUCACGAAUGCGUCAACGGCGAUUUCGUUGACUUCACCUGGCAGCACCCAGAGGACGCGCGUUUCCAGCGUGAGCGCGUACUGAACCCCACGGCGAAGGAGAUCAUAAUCAAAGGAGUACCUGCGGAAACGUCGGCAGAACUGAUCCGUCGUCUGCUGGUGGUGUCAAAGCUGGUGAAGCGUGGCAGGAGCACGUUUGCCAGUGGUUUCGGUUUUCACCGGACAGUCGACCCUGUGUCAGGCUUGGACACGGAUCGCAUCCGUGGAUUGUUCGUCCCCCAUGCUGACGACGAGUACCGCUGGCGCACCUUUGUGGAAGAUCCCACCACAGGGAAACGGUACCUGCUUCACUACCCGUCGCUGACCUGUGACUUCUGUGGUGGUCAGCACAUGACUCGCUAUCACGACCGCUAUGUCACCCCGAGACAAGACCAUUUCAACAACUGGAAUGUGACGGUUAAGAAGGCAGGAUGCGAGAAGGCGCAGGGGAUCCAUUUCGAGCAGGCUUCGUCUCACAUUGUAUCCGCUCGUCACAAGGAGGGUUUGCGGAAGGAGAGUUCAGCAACACGUGUCGGCACGUUCCCUCAGAAGAUGAUAUCCUUCAAGAAGGAGCUCCUGGCGGUGGUCGUUCGCUGGGGUGGCCUGGAGUUCCUGCUGAUAGCAGCAUACAUCCCGGCUCAGGCGGUGAACAGGAGUAGUUUCUACAGAGACAGCCUGGAGCCGUUUCUGCAAUCCCUGCCGGUGUUCCACCACAUUCUGGUGAUGGGUGACCUCAAUGUGGUCGAGGAUCCGGACCUGGAUCGCACCUCACAGGCUGGCUCCUCGGCAGAGAAUCACCGCCUCUUGAGCUGCUGGAGGAAUACGGACCUGCGGGAUGCUUUCAGACAUAUCCACCCGGACAAAAGGGAAUACACCUUCUUUGCAAGAGCAACGAGGUCCAGCUCAAGGAUAGACAGGGCACUAAUCUCACAACCACUGCUGAGCAAGCUGGUAGAGGCGAGGCAUGUGGCGAUUACCAACGGAAUGACUGAUCACUGGAGCGGGAUAGGGGUGGUGCUGGAGUCGGCGGAGGCUGUGAAAAACGGGCCGGGCAUCUGGAGGUUACGGGCAGAUCAUACACAGAAGCAAGGAGUACAGAAAAUCAUCAAAAAAAUCAUCGAGGAAUCAGCAGGAGCAUCAGUUGACGAGCUGCUGGAGAGACUAACCACAUGCUUGAAGGCAUACUCGAGGGAAGAAAGGAAACGAGAGAAGGCCACGCAACUCCAUCUCACCAGGGAGGUGGAACGGUUAAGGUUGCGUGUGUCCAGAUACCCGCACUGCCAACGAACGGGGAGGACUCUACUUCGGAAAGAGGAGCUGCUGGAGGCAUAUGAGAGGAGCCAUAAAGAACAGUUGCAGUUAUGGGCAGGCAUCGAAGCGGAGAUGGACGGGGAGGUGGCGUCGGGCACUCUAUCGGCGCAAAUCAAGACUCGCAAGGCAAAAACAACAAUUCGGGAGGUAGCGCGGAACGGGAGCCUGUUCUCGGGGGUGAAGGAGGUUCUCUCGGCGGCGACAUCUCACUUUCGUGAUGCCUUUGGGUGUGUCAGCAGCAGCGCGGUACCUGCCACGGAAGAUCAUCCCAUGCAACGGCGAUUGGGGGAAGCAAGUAGAAGAGCGCUGAGUGCACCCUGGACGGAGGACGAGGUUCGGAAAGCAAUACGGGAACUUGCCCCAAGGAAAUCACCGGGCGCUGACGGGCUGCCUAAAGAGCUCUUCGAUUACAACUGGGGGCUGCUGGGACCAGUGGUGAUGGACCUGGUGAGGAGUUUCACGGGCGGAGAGGCGUUGCCGCACACGGUCUCAACAGCUGUGACCAUCCUGCUGCAUAAGAAGGGGGAUAAAGGCGACCUGGGGAACUAUCGGCCGAUAACGCUUCUUAGUACGGUUUACAAAAUCAUAGCAAAGGUGAUGGCAAGCCGGCUCAAGGUGGUGUUGCACGAGGUCAUAUCGGAGGACCAAUACGGGUUCCUACCUGGUAGGCAGCUGGCGGACGCGGUGUCGGUGGUCGCAGAUGCUAUAGAAGCAGGAGCGAAUGGGAAAGAGGACUGGUACCUGAUGAUGAUUGAUUUUCAAAAGGCUUUUGACUCAAUCUCGCGGGACUACCUCUUUGGCACGUUGCGGAAGCUGGGUUUGCCAGAGGUUUUCGUAUCCUGGACAGAGGGGCUGCACAAAGACGCGGGGACGUGCCUGCACAUCAAUGGCUGGACAGGAGACAGGGUGGCGGUGGAGAAGGGAGUGCGCCAAGGCUGCCCGCUGGCGCCGUACCUCUUCCUCUGUGCAGUAGAGCCGCUGUGCCAAGAGUUUAAUCGGAAAAAGCUGGGAAUCGGGAAGCGAGGUGUGGGCACGCUAGCAUACCUGGGUUACGCUGAUGAUACAUCACUGUUGCUGCGCGGAGCAGAGCAGCUGGAAGUAGCGGCGGAUGUUCUGACAGUCUUCGGAAGAGAGUCAGGGCUGGUGGUGAACGAGGGGAAAACGGUAGUCUUCCCGCUGGGGAAAAACCGUGGGAAGCCGCCACCGCACAACCUGCGUUACAAAUGGGCGGACAAGGAGGAGCCGGAGCGACUGUUGGGGAUCUGGAUCACGCCGAAUGGUGACCCAACUCCAUCCUGGAACAAAGCAUUGGGCAGGGCGAAGGGAGAGUUAGCAAAGUGGGAGAUGCAACACCCGACGACAUCGGCGAGAGUGACGAUAAUCAACAGCUACAUCACUCCGAUUUUUCUUUUCCAGGCACAAAUAUACCUGCCGCCGGAGGCCAUCUGGAAGAAGAUUCGCAAGAUCUGCCACACCUUCGUCUCGAAGGGAGAAGCAGCGGAGGAGAAACGCUUCAUCCUCUGGAACUAUCAACUGGUCUGCACACCGCGGAAGGGCGGGGGGCUGGGUCUGAUUUGCCCCGAGCAGAGGGUCAACAGCAUCUCCAUUCGGAACGUCUGCCGUCUGAUGCUGCGGCCGAGCUCCGUCAAGAAGUGGCUGGCGGAGAGGGCGGCGGAGAUGCCCCUGGGGCUGGACACAAUCUUCACGCACAAAUCGCUGCUAGACCACUGGGAAAAGGGGAGCGCACGCUGGAAGGAGUUAAUCAAAGGAACGGAGGCGCUGCUGGGCUUACGUAUGGGGGACCUGAUCGUCAAAUCACGGGAUGGAACAUGCGAACUCAAAAAGCUGGAGGCACUGGCAAGAGAGCUGGGGAACAAGGAGAAGGCGAAAUGGGCGUUGAGGGCUUUUCAAGCUGCGCCCCCAGGCUGGAGGGAUAUAAUACUCACAAAGCUGACGAGCAAAGAGGUGGUGGCCACGGUGAAGCUACUGCGUUCGCACAACGCCGGGACUGAGAACUUCACUUACUGGAAGGUCGAGGGAGCAAAGGAUGAUAAGGUGGUGGGAAUCCUGUGCGACGUGGGAAGCGGUGGAUAUUUCACGCCCUACGAAGGCAACCUCACGGUGGACUUUGGGCUACGCAGCGGGGUGCCGAUGUACACGGAGGGCCAUAAUUUUCUGGGGCCCAUGGGUGACGUACGAACGAAGCUGCUGCUCUCGCAAGCAUGUGAAGGGGGAGAAUUAAUCUCGCUGCGACGGAUAAGGAUGGUGCUGGCGAGCGCAGCUGUACCACAUGAGGAUCAGAGGAGGUGGGAAGGGCAAAGGAGGGAAAUUGAGUGGGUCAGAGUCAUAAGGCAGAGGGACUCCCUUGCCACCCCACGACGGGCACGUGAGAUCCUGCUACGGCUCCACUGUAGAAAUCUGCAAGUGGGCUCGAGACUUUUCUUCAUGGGGGUGGUCUGCCCGCACUGCCGAGGGGAAGAAACCCCGGACCACUGCCUUCUCAGGUGCCCUGCAGUACAGGGGGUGACGGACGUACUCAGACGAGGGUUGGAGGUGAUGCACCCGAACCUAGCGUGGCUGGAUCUUGAAGACCUGCUUUUCGCGCAGAGAAACACGUUGUCGAGUUUUCCGGAAGGGACGUGGAUCGCAAUCUUCCUGCACCAGUCGGCAGUCACAAUGGCUUCCCUCGCCAUGUCGUCUGUUGCCACGGCUCCGCUUCUCUCUUCCGCGGAGUCUUCUUCCUUCGUGCAGGGCAAGACCCUUGCUGGCACUUCCAAGACUGCAGCAGUGAAGUCCUUCCAGCGUGCAGCAGUUCGCUGCCAGGCGUCUACCGACGCGUCGUCCUCCUCCGACUCCUCCUCUGCUCUCGUCAUCCCCCGUCGCCAAGCCAUGCUCACUGCGCUCACCGCUGCUUCUAGCCCGCUGUGGGUGCCUCUGCUGACGUCCUCGGACCCCGCUCUUGCAGCCAACAUCGUGCAGCGCGGCCAGCGAGCGGCGUACCUGAAGGGCCUCAAGGAGGACCUUUUCAACACCAUCAGUGCCAAUAAGGAGCUUGUGCCUGACAUCCUGCGAUUGGCCCUCAAUGAUGCGGCCACGUAUGACAAGGAGACCAGGACAGGAGGAGCGAACGGUUCCAUCCGAUUCAGCGAGGAGCUGUCGCGCCCGGAGAACAAGGGCCUCAAGGCGGCCCUGCAGCUGCUGGAGGGGGUGAAGGCGCGUGUGGACAAAGACGCCAAGGGCGGGCCUAUCUCCUACGCCGACCUCAUUCAGUUUGGAGCGCAAUCGGCCGUGAAGACCACGUUCCUGGCAGCAGCGGUUCGCAAGGCAGGGGGCGAUGACACCAAGGGCCUCAACCUUUACUUCGCUAUUGGCUCCCCUGGACAGUGGGGUUUCUUUGACAAGCAGCUGGGCAGGGCGGACGCGGAGCAAGCAGACCCGGCAGGGCGGGUCCCAAUCUGGGAGCAGCUCAGCGCCACAGAGAUCAAGGACAAAUUCGCCGCCCUGGGGCUGAGGCCCCGCCAGGUGGUGACCCUGGCGCUGUUCCUGGGGCGGGACUUGGAGGCUGUGGAGGCGAAGCUGGCGGGGGAUGAGGAGAUGAGCAAGUGGGUGGCCAAGUACAGGAAGAGCCGCACCACCGUGUCCCAGACUGACUAUGAGGUUGAUUUGAUCGGGGCUUUUCUGAAGCUGUCUUGUCUUGGGGCACCCAUCAAUACCGAGGCGUACACCUAUGAACCUCCCAGGGUGGAGUUCAGGCUGUAG